GUUUACUACAGUUAACCUCAGGUAGUUUUUUUUCUCGUGACUUAAUACUUUUUAUAGAUAUAUCGUCAUACCUAGGAUUAAAAACGACAAAUAAAACUCAAUGGAUCUUAUGUAUAUCAAGGUCUAUAGUGGUUAUUUACGCCUGUCCUGGAUUCACUACUAGCCAGUGUUGCUAUCCACCGAGGAAUCUCUUUCCCGACAUGGUUCAAGACGGUCGUGCUUUGCCACGAAUACAUUAUUUCUCAAAUUUACCCUGAAAAGGACACCAGAGACAAGCAAACGGGAGACACCCAAACCAACUGAAUAUUCCUGAAAAUGUAUACUUACUGAUAACCUGGCAUCAUGAAAGUAUAUAUAUUUACAGAUAAACAGUUUGACCUUCUGUUAGCGAAAGAAAAACGUCAAGCCCAGCGAAAUCAACGUAUAAAAAGCACGGACGUUAAAAUUUGUAAGUGGUUGCUAGAACAAGGAUAAAGGUGGCAAAAGAUAUAACCGAUCAGUGCAAGAUUAAAAGUUAGUCCUCAAAACGUUAUUGAAAGGAUUACGAUAACUUAGAAAUUCUUGUAAAACAGUUAUUCUACUUCCGAUAUCAACAAUUGUGUGUGUGUGUGUAUAAUGCCCAGAGCAAGGAGUGUCUUAAUGAAGGAUAUCUUAACGUUUCUUCUAUUGAUAUUACUAAUAGAAAAUCAACAUGUGACUGCCAUUGAUGUUAUUGAAUGUGAAAACCUAUCACCACUUCAAUAUUGUCCGCCAUUUGAUAGUUCUCAAUGGAAAAACCGUGCAUCUUGCAAAAACUGCACUGGUGGCACGAAAUACCAUUGUUGUAAAGACUAUGACUCACCCAAGUUAAACUGUGAACAAGAUGAUUACGAUUGUAAAGAGGAAAUAUUUGUGGAAGGCUGCGCUAAAGAAAAGUUCUGUGAAAAAGGUGAAGAACCAAUCCUAGAUUUCGUAAAAGACCAGGUAAGGUCGGAUACACCAAGGGUUUAUUGCGAAAAGUGCUACAACAGUAACCGCUACAAUAGCUUUGCUUAUACCUCAUCGGCCAAAUACUCAGAAUGUCCACGUAAGAAAAUAAACAUCUGUACACCUGCCACUCACAAAGUUGAGUGCGGGAAACAAUCAGAUGAAACCAGUGAACGAUUCUGUAGAUGCGAUGUGAAAAAUGGAUAUUAUCCCUACUCUCAUCCUGAUGAUCACCCAUCAGACGGAUGUAGUUUUAUCGACUACGAAUGUGGAAACGACCCACCAAAAUGUAUGCCUGGACAGCAGCUAUUGCAAAAUUACACAUGCGCAGCACUUUGUAAGGAAGGAUUUUAUAAAAAGGAAGAUUCUGACGACUGUGUUUCUAACCCUACAACCCUGUUCAUUUCAAAUCACACAAGACAACAGUUUACAAAGACGACAUCAGUACUGCCUUCCUCUUCACCUAAUACGUCAGCAAAGAAUGAAAGUACAGUUGUCGUAGUGUCUACUCUACCUCCAGGACUUGAAACGACAACAGUAUCAAACAGUUGGGAUACAGGAUCGAUAAUUGGUAUUUGUGUACUAGGUGCAUUACUUCUGGUGUUAGCUGGACUGAUUGCCAUGUUAUGUGUGUUUUGCAGGAAGAAAGAAAACUAUUUACCGGUAACAGUUUCGCCGCCAGCAAAAGAAACUCAGACAAACGACCAAGGCAAUUCCAGGCAUCAAAAUGAAACUGAGAACCCAGAUGGUAAAAUCCAGUAUUUCGUCCAGGGUGACUACAUAAAUGCCAAUGCUGAAAAUAUACAAAUAUCGAAAGAUGAAACGGGAAAUCGCCUGGUAGAGAGUUACAGUGAAGGAACGAUUAGCAGAAGUCGUACCUCAACCUUAGAUUCGAAGAAGUCAGCAAGAAAAGGUUCAAAAGACACAACCACUACAGAAAUACCGUUUAGACAGUUUAAAAGAACAUUACCGGAGGGAUUUUCUGAGCACUUCCAAACUCAUUCUCUUGAUAGAAAAAGUAAACCAAGUUUAAGGACUUCUGAAGCAGUCAGUCAGUCUUAUGGAAAAAUACCAAAAGAACCUAUUUUGGAUGUCAAGAAUCGUUUGAACUUGAGUGACGAAGAAUAUGAAGGAUUUGUCCCCACAGUUUUAUUGAACAGUCAGGCAGAACUGGUCAAGCAUUUACACAUAGAUACUCUACUUGACCAGAUUGCCAAAAGUGGAGUUUUCAUAGCUCUUGAUCUAAGGGAUAUCAGUGAAGAAAAAAAAACAUCAGACAAAAUUCGCAUGCUAUUAAGGAGGUUGAAAGAAAAAGGAGUGGAUAGUUACAUGCCGUUCAAAGUAUCUCUCAGAAAUUCAGAACAAGAGAAUUCUUUAAAGGUAUUAGAAGAACAGGAACUUAAUGUUUACAAGAACAUUAUGGCUAAAAGGAAAACCAAUGUAAAGACUGACAGUGGCAGUUCAGACGAAGAGUUUAAUGAGACGGAUGAAAGAACAAGUUUUCUUGGAACUUUAUCAGGAAACCGUACAAGUUAUACCCCAUCCGAUGGCUUUGAACUGGUCACUACAAAAGCGGACAUUGAACAAAAUAAUGACAAUAAGGAAUAUUUAAACAGUGUAAGCGGAGAUUCGUUGGUUGAUGAAAGGAAUGAUGCAAACAGUGACCAGAUUACUUUUAUCCCAGCUGGAGAUGAUGAACAAUAGACUUGUAAGAAACGCGGUUUUUGCUUUAGUAUUAUACAUCUGAAUGUAGACAUUUAUAGCUAAAUGGACUUUUAUGGUACUAAAUAUCCAAAGCAUAUUUGAUGUGUAUAUUUGUAUGUAUAGGUAUGUUGUUUGCUACAUCUUAUAUCUUAACCGUUCUGUUAAUUAUUAUGAUUAUAUCGAAGUAGGAAUGAAUAUACAAUUAAGGGUAAAGUACAGAAAACUUCAUGUUUUACAGGCCGCCUCCGUGUAAAGUUUCUCAGUGAUGUGCCUAGAAUACAAAUAAAAGAACAUUUCCAAUUAAAGCACCGUGAACUGUGUUACUUAGACUAACCUCAAGAUUUGUCACAAAGUUUUAUUUUUUAUCUAAUAGUGACAAAUCGUAUUGAAUUGUGGCCUUUAACUUUUGCAUUUUACAGUGUUUACACUACUUGAUGUAUACCAUCGGGCUGAAGUUCAAAAAAACUUAUGAGUGAUCAGUUUGAAAUGUAGUUAUGUAUAUAAUCGGCAUAUUCCUGUUACAGCUGAGUCAAGAGAUCUGUGAUGUCUAUGCUACUUCUCUUAUACCACUGGUUAGAAUUUCGAAUUUUUUACAAGAGUGAUCAGUGUCAAGCCUUGUUGUGUGUAGCGUUGAAAUGUCACGGUUCAGUGAUUUUCUGUGGAUUUCUGGUCCUUAUGUGUGAUAUUUUACAUUGUGUGCGUGUAAGUUGUGGGAGGCAUACGUAUUUCGUGAAAAACAAGCUGUAGCUAGUUAUUGACUUACACUGUUUGCAAUAUCUGCAAUACUAAAGUUGUGUUUCUUAAUAGUUUUUGCGUCCAUGGUCGAGUCAAAUAUAUGGCAUUGUUUUAUAUUCUGUGUGCUACAUAAGAUUGUUCGGUAACAAAGGAAAGUUGCUCAAGUAUUUUUUGCCAAAUAAAGUCUUCCUUUUGUAUAUUUCAAUCGCCUCAGAAACACUACGAAUUUCAACAUUUACUCAUGUU